AUGAGCCGCUUCCCCGGGCUGCCGCCACCCAAACACGGAGCUCCUUUCUCUUCCCUUUGCAGAUGCUUCAGCUUCGGCAUUGGGCCCCACGCCUGCAGGAGGUUGGUGCAGGGAGCAGCCGCUGUGUCCAGGGGCAUCGCUGAGUUCCUGGUGGAGGGCGAGAGGCUGCAGCCCAAGGUGGUCAGGUCGCUGAAGAAGGCAAUGGCUCCAGUGCUGAGCGAUGUGUCAGUGGAGUGGGUCUUCCCUGAAAGCACCGAGGUGUUGGUUUCCCCACUCAACACCAGCUGCCUCUUCCCUGGGGACCGGCUGGUGGGCUACAGCGUCAUCUGUGACACCUCACUGUACAUCUCCAAGCCCAGAGCUGACAAGAGACGCCGGUACAGCACCAUGCGUUCCCAGGAGUCUGGCAGCUCUGUUUUCUUUCAUUCCCAAGAAGAGGGGACUGGUGCUGAGAGCUGGAGCUACCCAGAGGGAUGCAGCACCCCGGAUCAGCUGGUGGCAGGCAGGGACCCCAGCGGAGAAUCAGACACGGAUGCCGAUGUGAAGGCGUCCUGCAGGAGACGUGCAUACAGUGCCAACCAAAUCUCUGACCACCAGCCCCUCUACAAGGAGCCCACGGCCAGCGACCCGGGCAGCGCGCUAUUGAGGAACCCCCUCCGCAAAACCCAGCUGCAGGACCUGCAGCAGCUCAGCCCCGAGCUACAGCCUGUGCAUUUCCAGCCCUUCACUGCCACCUCACGCAUCUCCACCACCCGGAUCUGUGGUGCGGGCGCCCGCCGGCCCUCCCUGCUGCAGAGCCAUGUGUCCUCCUGCCACUGCCCCACGUCCCCACCAGCACCUGACGUGGCUGUGGGAUGGAUUUCAGGGCUUCUCGAUGCCAGCCUGCAGUCCUCAUCCGACAGCCGGAGCCCUGGGGAGCCGGAGGCUGCCCAACAUCCAUCCUUCACAUUUGAAACAGAGACCUCUUCAGACUGGGAGCCCCAGGAUUGGGAUUCCGGUGCCACCCGGGGGUCCCCGCGCUCCCCCCACACCUCCUGCAAGGCGGUGGUGAAGGGGCUGCGGGGCGGUGAGCCCGUGCAAUGGGAGAUCACCUUCGACCUCCCUGCACUCCUCCGAGAGCAGAAUGGGCAGGAGGAGGGUGAGGAGGACGUGUGGAGUGAGACCUUCCACCAGCUGGCAGCCAGGGCUGUCAUCAGGGACCUGGAGCUGCUCGCCGAGAGGGAACGCGACAUCAAGCACGGGCCAGGGAGGCGAUACCAACUCAACGCCGUCCACACCAGCAAAGCCUGCAAUGUCAUCAGUAAAUACACAGCCUUCGUGCCGGUGGAGCUGAGCAGUGGCACCUACCUGCCCCCCAUCAUUGAGUACAGCCACACAGGUGGCCAUAGGAGCCUCAGCUCGGGUCACAGGAGGUGUCGUGGCCUUUCCUCUGCACAACCCCUCUCACCUUGCGGCCAGAAUGGAGAUGAUGGAUUUUAUGGCAUGGAUUGGGACGAGCCCAGGGUGUCACCCUGCAGCACCCCACUGUCCUCCAGCUGGAAGCGCUGCCGCAUACCUGAAGUGCCAUUCCAGAGCCUACCUGCUUCUUCCACACGCUCCCCAAAAUCCAUCGAGAGCAUCUUUGCUGCAAGGCUUACCCUCCAGAAGACCAGGCUGCUGACUCGGGCUGCCAAAGGUUUCAUGAGCAAAUCUCCAGGCAGAGCGAGCGAAGCCAGCUCCGAGAGUGACAUUGAAAGCGCCGAUUACCUUCCACUGGUGUCCCUGCAGCUGGCCUGCGGUGCCUUCCUCAUGAACAGUGCCUUCUGCAAGGCAGUCAGCAUCCCCAUGGAGAAGCUCUGCUGGACUUCACCCUUCUCUUGCCACCGCUUGGCUCUCAGCCCCUCCAGCUCCUCCAGCACCAAGAGGCCAGAGCAGCGUGGAAGCCCCGGGCACAGCCAGCAGCUCCUGAUCCCCAACAGCAGCUCCGCAUGGGACACAGGAGGUGCCAUGGAAAGCAUCUCCAAAGCUCUGAAAGCUGAGAGCGAGCUCUCCCCUCCUGCCAUCACCAUCCGGCACUCCCCAGCCGAGCAGCGGGAUGCCAGCAUCUCCGAGGCAGACAGCACUGAUGUCCAAAUGCUGCUGCUGGAUAUCGAGCUGCAGAAGCAGACAGAGCCCGAGGGGAUGCUGUGGGCCACGGCUGUAGCACUGGCCUGGUUGGAGCACAGCUCAGCAUCCCACUUCACUGAGUGGGAGCUGGUGGCUGCCAAGGCCAGCUUGUGGCUGGGUGAGCAGGACUUCCCACAGGGCUGCAGCCUGGCUGCUGUGAAAUCUGCAGCCCAGCAGCUCUUUGUCUUGCUCAGGCACUGGGAUGAGAACCUGGAGUUCAACCUGCUGUGCUACAACCCUGGCAGUGUGUGAGAUGGGAAAGCAGGAUAGGGACCCAUCCCUGAGGAUGCCACCACAGGGACUGUGUGGGUUGACCAGGCAGCCUCCAGCUGGUCAGCAAACAGAAGCAGCCUGGGCAAAAUGCUGUGCUCAGAGGUUGGUGCUUUGCCCCAGGACAGUCCCUGCAGUAGGAUGCUAGCUGUGUGCUUCUGGUUCCCAGUCAGCUCUUGCCACUUCAUUGCUGCCAAGACUGUGUGUCCCCUCUAGAAAUCCGUGUAUCCCCACAUCCUCAGCUUCUCCUAUCUCAGCUAUCUCGUAGCAGAAGUGGGCAUCCAUCAGCAUUUCAUAAGGGAAACCUGCUGUGAUGGAGCAAGGAGCUGGGAGGAUGCUGCCUUGCCUUGAGCCCCAUGAGCUGCAUCAGUUGCAGAUGGGGACCAGAAAUCUGGAUGGUGCUGAGCUCUGUAGCCCCAGGCUGCCUUUCCAGGUGCCCAUGCAGAGCUCCUGCAGAUGGCAGCAUGCCUUGGGGCCCUGUGGCAGACUGGGUGGGCAGGGAGAGCAGCCCCCCAGGCACCAAAUAGAGACACCCUGUGCCAAAACAGCUUGGGGGUUUGUACUCCCUGCCAAAAUGCUGCAUCCCUUGUGUGCAGUGCUCUGAUGUUGUGCUGUCGACCAAUGUAUUGUCCAUGUCACUCCUUGUAGAGCUGUGGGGAGCAGAGGACAGGCUGCAAGGGGACAUUUUCCCAGCCUGAAGCAUCCUACUUCGCCCCACAGAUCCCACCUGGAAAGCUCCAGGGAUGUGGGCAUGUCACGUUGCCUUUUCCUCCUGCAGUGUGCUUCAGGUUCCUGUGCUCUGUGUGUGUGUGUGUGUGCAGUCAGGGGUCCGUGAGCAUCUGUGUCACCCCUUGGGGUCUGUGUGAUGGGAUCAUUAGCACUGCCAUGUUGUCUGGGUAAAUUGGAGCCUGCCUUGUUUUGGGGUCACCUUGACUGUCUGCAGUGUAGCUGGGUCAUGCAAAAUGGGAA